ACAGGCGCUUCCGCAAGCGUCAGUUCCGCCCCCAGGCAAGAUGGGGUUCCGGCGGCGGGGCGAUGGCGGAGGAGGCGGCGCGGCGGGCGGUGGCGGAGCUGCCGCUGCUGCGGGCGGCGGCGGGGCCGCGGGACCGGGAGGGCUGGGCGCCGCGGCUGAAGGAGGAGUACCGCGCCCUCAUCCAGUACGUGGAGAACAACAAACGCGCCGACAACGACUGGUUCCGCCUGGAGUCCAACGCCGAGGGCACCCGGUGGUUUGGGAAGUGCUGGUACAUCCACGAGCUGCUCAAGUACGAGUUCGCCAUCGAGUUUGACAUUCCAGUGACCUACCCCUCCACCGCCCCCGAGAUCGCCAUCCCCGAGCUGGACGGGAAGACGGCCAAGAUGUACAGGGGGGGCAAGAUCUGCCUCAGCGACCACUUCAAGCCCCUCUGGGCCAGGAACGUCCCCAAAUUUGGCUUGGCCCACCUGAUGGCGCUGGGGCUGGGCCCCUGGCUGGCCGUGGAGAUCCCCGACCUGGUUGCCAAAGGCAUCAUCCAGCACAAGGAGAAGUGAGCGGCCGAAGGGAGGCGGGGGGGUGUGUGUGUGCCCCGCCCCUCACCCCCCGCGCCCCCCCCCCCCCAACGCUCCCCCCGCCCCCCUGCUGCAUCGCUGCUGCUCCCCAAUAAAAUCUUCAGCCCUGGCC